CAAUAAUGGCAGCAGUCGACAAUGCAGUAAACAUUGCAAUCGUUGGGUCGUGUAACACUGAUCUGAUCAGCUAUGUGCCACGCCUACCUAAGCCAGGAGAAACAAUUCACGGGACAAAGUUCAGCGUGGGAUUCGGGGGGAAGGGCGCUAACCAGUGUGUGAUGGCGGCAAGGCUCGGAGUCAAAGUAGCCAUGGUUUCAAAGGUUGGAGAUGAUUCAUUUGGUCAUGAUACUAUAAAGAAUUUUCAAACCAACAAUGUUAAUACAAAUCACGUUAGUAUGACGAAGGAAGCGGCAACAGGAGUUGCACCUAUUACAGUUAACACAGAAGGUCAGAACUCUAUAGUAAUUGUGAGCGGUGCUAAUAUGCUGAUUACAGAGGACGAUGCCAAGAGUGCAUUAUCACAAAUGCCCGAUUUAAAAGUUGUGAUUUGUCAAUUAGAAAUCUCCCCACAUACCUCGCUAGCUGCCAUGAAGUACGCCAAGGAAAAAGGAAUCUUGACAAUUUUUAAUCCAGCUCCAGCAAUACCAGAACUAGACUCACAAUUUUACAAAUAUGCAGAUAUAUUCUGUCCAAAUGAAACGGAGACAGAACUAUUAACUGGUCUUCCAGUAACUAAUAUCACAGAAGCUGAAAAAGCUGCCCUGGCGUUGCUUGAUAAAGGGUGUAGUAAGGUUGUCAUAACAUUGGGUACACAGGGUUCUGUUGUCGUGACAUCAGAGACUCGAAAAGCGAUUCAUAUACCAACGAAUAAAGUAAAAGCAAUCGAUACAACAGGUGCAGGUGAUGCAUUUAUUGGUUCCUUAGCGUAUUAUUUAGCGCAUUAUCCAGCACUUCCUCUCGAAGAAUGCAUCAAACGUGCCAGUCAUAUUGCAUCAGUGAGUGUAUGUGGCGCAGGAACGCAGACAAGUUUUCCAUGGAAGAAAGAUCUGCCAUCAGAAUUGUUUUAAAACUAUUAAUAAAGAAAUUAUAUAGAAUGACAUUGCAUUGGGAAUGCAAUAUCCAACAUAUCUUUAGUUAUCAUGCAUCCAGUAGAUUUUACAGGACUCCAUAAGAAAUUAUAUAACUUCUUUUGGAGGAAAAGAUCCCCCGUCAUCUUUAUUAUAAUUGGUUUGGGCAAUUUGUGUUGAAUGAA